AGUACUCAAAUUGUACAACAGAAACCUCAGCCAAGGAAUACAAUUAGAAACAGCUUUGCAACAACGGUUGUUACUAACAGCAAGUCAAUUCAGUGUUGUCUAUCUGAUUUCAGAUCAAAAUCUCAAGUUGUAUGUUUGUGUUGCAAACGUGAUCACUUAUUGGAGCAGUGUACACAAAUGCAAAACAAGAUGCACAAGGAAAAACUGAACUUUCUAAAGGAGAAAGGUAUCUGCUUUGGCUGUCUUUGUGUUGGACACAUGAGCAGAGAUUGUGAAAAGCGCUUGACUUGCACAGUAUGUGGCCAAAUGCAUCCCAGCAUUCUGCAUAUUCAACAGAAGGAGAGAACAUGCACUCAAGAACAAAAUCGUCCAUCACUAAGUAGUGCGCUUGUUGCCCUUCAAGCAUGUGGUCAAACAGGUGCCGGUAAUGGAGAAUGUGCAUUAUCAAUUGUACCAGUUCAAGUCAAAUCCUGUAAAGGACAAAAGGUAAUUCAAACAUAUGCAUUCUUGGAUCCUGGUAGUUCUGCCACAUUUUGUUCAGAACACUUAAUGCACCGUUUGAAAUUAAAAGGAAAGAAAACUAAUAUUCUUUUGAAAACAAUGGGCAAUCAAAGGUCUGUUAGUAGUUCUAUUCUGACUGGAUUGGAAGUGUCUAGCCUUUAUAAUGACAUCUUUUACAGUCUUCCGGAAGUUUUCACUCAGGAGAAAAUGCCUGUGUCCAAAGAUAACAUGGUUACCGAAGAGGAUUUGGAUAAAUGGCCAUACCUGAAAGGUGUUAAGAUCCCUCAUAUUCCUGCUGAUGUGGAUUUGCUAAUUGGAGCAAAUGCUUCCAAGGUAAUGGAGCCCUGGGAGGUUAAAAACAGUGAUGGAGAAGGACCUUAUGCAGUUAGAACCCUACUGGGAUGGGUCGUGAAUGGACCAUUACAAGGAAGCAAGGACAAUGGGAACACAAUUGAAUGUCCGGAUGUUACUGUUAAUAGAUACGCAGACAAGCUGGAGGAGCUGAAACAGGAGCUCCAACAAAAAGGAAGCCACAACAGGCUGCAGGAGGAGGAGCUUAUCAGUGCGAUGAGAGAGCAGGUUCUGCGUCUCACCCAGAAGGAGCAGGUGCUGGAGGAGCGUUUGGAGAGUGUGUGUCAAGAAAACACCGAGCUGAGGGCCAGUUUGGCCUCUUUGCACACACGCCUGGCUCUACAAGACCAACUCAACCAGCAGCACAGCCAGCAGCUAGCUGGGGCGCUGCAAGAGGCAGAGGCUGCACAGGGUCGCUCACGGCAGCUGCAGACCCAGGUGGAGGAGCUUCAGGAGGAGGUGUCCCUGCAGGAAGGCAGGAGCCACGGAGACGCCUCCCUGCUGUCCGAGCUGGAGAGCAGCAUGGAGACGACGAGCCUCUGGGUCAGCAAAGAAGAGAUUACACAAGAAAUGUGGUCCAGUCUUCAGUUGCUGCUCCCACUGACACCGAAACUGAACAACUCGGGGAGGUCAGAGGUCGUGGAUCAAAAGGAAGACCUGCACACAAUGCUGCAUCAGCUGAAGGGAGUGGCCCAGACUCUGGCACUGACGUGGGGCCCUCAGGAGCUGAAUCAAGCUUUUGUCGACAGGACGGGCGAUCAGUGUGGGAAUCCGAGUGCAGCGCAUGAGCUGAGAGAUCAGAACGUCCAUCUGCAGCAGGAAAACGCUGAGUUGAAACGUAAGCUGCAGGACGUGAAGGAGGAGGAGGCCGACGUCGUCCAACAGACCAUCAGAGAUCGAGAUGAAGCCAUAGCCAAGAAAAACCUGAUGGAGGCGGAGUUGGUGAGAAGUAAAAGUGACAUGAUAUCUCUCAACAACCAGUUAUUAGAAGCCAUCCAACGUAAGCUGGAGUUGUCACAGGAACUGGAAGCCUGGCAGGACGAUAUCCAGAUCGUUAUCAACCAGCAGCUCAGGUCCCAGCAGCAGAUGGAGCAUCCUCAGAAGAAGUCCACCUCCAACGGCACGUCCUUCUUCCGCAGGGGGGGAAGAGCCGCCUCCACCUCCUCCACCUGGAGUUCAGACGUGGAUCCUGGUUGAUGGGACGAGUCUUGGAAGUUUUUCCUGAUAAAAAUGGACUUGUGCGAGUACAAACUAAAACCAAUAUACUUGAGAGACCUGUGACAAAGCUUUGUCUAUUGUAUGACAACCUGGAAAAUUAAAGGACUGAUUGCAAAGACUUAUGUUCUAAAAAUGGAAGAUUGUUUAAAUGCAAUGUUAUACAGUGUCGCUUUGGACUUUAAUGGCUCUUUGUAUAAAUAUUGUAUUGAAUUGUAAUGUCUACUUGUCAUGUACAAUUAGGGGCCGGAGUGUAAGAGCCAUUAUGCUCUCUUUUUGCUGUUGUAGUUCCACUGGAGAACACUGGGUGGAGUAUGGGUUUAAGGUGUAUAUAGAUAAUCAGAGAGCAAGGGAAGCCAGGUGUUGGGUUUAAGGUGUAUAUAGAUAAUCAGAGAGCAAGGGAAUGAGGGUGUUGGGGAAGCAAACAGUUUUUGACCGUGAGGAUCAAGCGUGAGGAUCAAGGGUGAGGAUCAAGAGUCAUGGUGGAUCAGAACUAUGGAUUGUAACAUGUUUGAGCAUCAGAACGGAGCAAAAAAUAAAGAAGAUAAAAUGCAGUAUUGGACUGGAACUGGAUUCGUUUGGAACCACGCGUCAGAUAGCCCUACAAAACACCUCUACUAGUGACAA